AGGCUUGGGUUUCCACUCAACCCACAGACUGACCCAGGGAGGCUGAAACUUAAAAUGGAGAUGACAACAUUUUUUCAUGCAUUGAUUCUGAUCUGCUCUCUCUCCAAAGCUCAGCUCCAAGCUGUGGCCGACAAUGAAAUUAUUUCACAUUUAAGACAAACUGGAUCACAGGGAGGAGAUGCAGGGAAUCUCUCAGACAAUCAACUAACUUUUGCACAGGACAUCCAUGCAGUGCUGAGAGAGAUGAGCGCCUCACUGGCUGAACUGAAGGUGGAGAUGAGGUACCUACAGAGAGAUUAUGAAGCUAAAACGAGAGAACUGGAGCUGCAGAAAGAUGAAUUAGACAAGCUGAAACAACAGUACCAAGCUCAGGCAGGAGAGCUGAGCUGUGUUAAAGCCCUGGCAAACAUCACUGAAGAUCAAGUGGAAUCUCUGAGAAGAGAAGGAGAAGUUAAUACGAAAGGACUGGAGGUGCAGAAGAAAGAGUUCGACAAGCUGAAAGAACAACACCAAGCUCAUGCAGAGGAACUGCUGAGAGUUCAAACCAGGGCAAACGUCACUGAAAAGCAGGUGGAGGCUCUGAGGAGAGAAGGAGAAGUGAAAAAAGUGGCUUUCUCAGCUUCCUUGUUGGCUUCAGGCAACCAAGGAGAAACUGGACCAUUCAACACACAGACACCGUUGGUCUUCAGACAUGUUGUUUCAAACAUUGGAAAUGCCUACAACCCAAAUACAGGUUUUUUCACAGCUCCAGUCAAAGGAGCCUACCACUUUGAGUUCUAUAUCUAUGGACAUGGACACGCUUCAUAUCCUGCAGCUGCUGUGUUGACCAGGAACGGAGAGCAUAUUUUUAUUGCAUAUGAACAUCAGCCUUCUCAUGCUGCUAAUGCUGCUAAUGGUGUCACAUUGCUGUUAGAGGUUGGAGAUGUUAUAUUUUUGCGCCAGUGGCGAAACUCAAGGAUUUAUGACAACAUAAAUCGUCACACAACCUUCAGUGGUCAUCUGCUUUUCACCAUGUGAGAAUCAAGCAGUGCUGAUCUUCAUCAUCAUCUCUACAACAUGUCAGAACUGACACGGAGCUACAGUGGUGUGAAAAAGUGUUUGCUCUUUUUCUGAGUUUCUAUUUUUGGAAUGACGAUGGAUACUUUUUAUCUUUGAAAAAAAAUAUAUCUUUUUUUUUCCAUCAACAAAACACAAACUUAAGAAAAUUCUUCACUGCUUUUUAAUGUUUCAGCAACAACAAGGACGUGGUUUGGGACUUAAUUACCAAGAAAAUUGCAGAUUUCACAUUUUUAUAUCUAUUUACUUAAUAAAGCCUCUACAAAGACCAAAACAAUAUAUAUUAAACGAGACCAAAUGUUGCCAUACCAGCUUUUUUCUAAGAUGAUACAUGGGUGUUAUUAAUGAUGAUGAUGCUUUUAUUGAGGAGGCGAUAAGAGAAAAUCCUCUUUAUCAUUUGGUUUAUAGGAUAAAGAAAAGGUAACUCUGGCUUUGCCUUUUGUUGUUUGUCUUUUUUUGUGCAAAAAAAUAAGUC